UAAAAAUUUAUCGGGAGCAGUUUUGACCGAUGAAUUCAAAGGAAACGAUGAAAAUGGUGCUGAAAGUGAGAUGCAUGAAGACACCGAAGAACUGAAUGCCUUGCUCUACUCAGAUGGUGAUAGCGAUUAUACCGAGGACGAUGAAGUUACUAGCACAGGCCAUUCCCCUAGUACAAUGACAGUUCAUGACAAGCAAAAUUGGUUUGAAGAAGUUGCUAGUUCUGAUGGAAUGAAUAAAAAGCGGAAGCUAUUUGAUGAAGUUUAUGAUCAUGUACGAUCCGUCAUGGACACUGCGAGUUCCAAGAAACACAACCGACCUCUGGAGUUGGAGGAUGAUGCCGAAUCCAGUUGUGCCUGCAACAGAAGUUCUGGAUUAAGAGAAGUGGAUUCCUUUACCAGCAACAAGAAGAUGAGAAAGGAAAAAAUCCGCGAAACCAUUAACAUUCUGCAGAACAUAAUUCCCGAUGGUAAGGGAAAGGAUGCGAUGGUGGUGCUGGAUGAAGCAAUCCACUACUUAAAAUCGUUGAAGCUCAAAGCCAAGGCUUUGGGACUCGACUCUCUCUGAGCUUCAAUACGUCACUCGCUUCCAGCAGUGCUUCUAGUUCCGGCUAGGGUGGCGAAAGCGGGAGCGGCCCGGGAGAGGAAGAAUCGAGCUCAAAACCCCUCUUGAUGAAGCAUUUGUUCAAUGAUUGAAGUGGUGAACGAUUUGUUUAUAGGGUUAAGAGAAAGUGACAAGCGCACCUGGGGGAGAAAGAAGGAGAGCAUGGCAUGCGUUGGCAUGGGGACGGGGUGAAUUCAAAGAGAAGAAGGGGAGGGGCCCCACCAAAAGAGGAGAAGAGUGCACGCCCCUUGUGUUUUUUAGGUCCCAACACUUGACUUUCCUCUCACUUUUUGUGUUUACUUGUUAUCUCUCUCUCGGUGUACAGCUUUGCACGGCAAGAAGGCCUUCUCCAGCUCCAUCAUGCUGCCAGCUUGCCACAAGGGGUCC